CACAGGCAGAACAGCACGCAUGCUCUAAUUCUCAAGCUUUUCCAAGUUUGCCGUCUGCCUUUUGUUGUUUUAUGCAAAAAGUCAGAGUCUGGAUAGGACACACCGAGGGCCUUAUGCAAAUGACGUGUCUAUUGGCUGCUCUGGGAUACUGAAGAGCUCAAUGCGCCUCUACUAACUAGCCCACUUUGCUAAAUGAGUUCCUCUGAACAUUUUUGAGAAGGCUUCUCUCAGUUUGUGAGUUGAGGAAAAGUGGGGGACAUAACUUUACAGAGCUUGUGGAUUUUAAGAUAUUAAGAUGAGCACAGAAGCUGUUGAGCAGACAGAAUCUCAGCAUGAACAAGCUGACAUUGAACAAAAUGGCAUCGACUUCACCAGACAAAUUAAGACCGAGAACCUGACGGAUUCACCACAUUCUGGAUCUUCACACAAGACAUGCCACUUAACUCAGGGAUCACCGAUGCCUCCUGGCCAGCUGAGUGGGGAGAUGCCCUCCCUGCACCCUCUGCCACAGCUUGUCCUGAUGCCCGGAUCACACCUGUCCUCUCCUUCAUCAUUCCUCCUCUCACAGGCCCAGUCAGGACACCAAGGUCUGUCACUCCUGCCACCCAAUCUGCUUUCCUUGCCGUCCCAGACCCAGACAGGACUCCUCCCGCACCAGCCUGGCCUUGCACUCACUCCACAGGCAAUGGGCAGGUCAGGUCUGGCUGGCUCCUCUAUGGAUGGACAUCUGGACAUGUCUCACUUACAGGUGCCUAAACAUGUGGGAUCGCCACAAGAUGAACCCAAUGAUCUGGAGGAGCUGGAGCAGUUCGCUAAAGCCUUCAAACAGAGACGCAUCAAACUAGGCUUUACUCAGGGUGAUGUGGGUCUGGCCAUGGGAAAGCUGUAUGGAAAUGACUUCAGUCAGACUACCAUCUCACGCUUUGAAGCUCUCAAUCUAAGCUUCAAAAACAUGUGCAAGCUUAAGCCUUUACUGGAGAAGUGGCUGAGUGACGCAGAGAAUUCACCGUCUGACACCAUGACCAACACCACUACUUUACCGCCCCUCAUGGAGGGUUAUGGAAGAAAGAGGAAAAAGAGAACAAGCAUUGAAACAAACAUCAAGCUCACGCUCGAGAAACGCUUUCUAGAUAACCCAAAACCCAACUCUGAAGAGAUAACGCUGAUCUCAGAGCAGCUGGCCAUGGAGAAGGAGGUGGUGCGAGUUUGGUUCUGCAACCGGCGGCAGAAGGAGAAGAGGAUAUACUGCCCAGUUUCCACUUCACCUAUAAAACCUCACAACUUCAACCCUCGUCUGCCUUCAACUUCCCGCUCCUUCAGUCCACUCACCUCUGGAGGUGUGUCAUCAAGCUCCUCCCCCGGCAGCCCCAGCCGAGGCUCCUCCCCAGGCACUCUGUCCACCACCUCCAGUCCACUGACAGCACAGAGCGUCAACCAGUCCUUCAACACUGCAGGAUCGUGGUAUCGCUGGAACACCGCGUCAUACCAUCACUGAGUCCCUCUGAAGAGUGCCAGCACAUCCAGAAGCAGCAGCUUCACUUCAUAACCUACCAAAUUUCAAAAGAGCACUCAUUCUGUAAUGUUUACAACCUGCACUAAACAUGGAGGCAGAACACAGAACUAUUUCUGCUUCUCCUGGUCUAAUGUUCAAUAUGCUUGUGAAUAGAGCUUCACUGCUAAUUACUGAAGGGAAAAUGCACUAAUAUGCUACAGCACACUGUUUAGAUAUGCAAUCUUGCUAUAAAGAACAUGUUCGGUCAUUUUCAGCAGAGCUUUUAAGGUGUUUGAAUCUUUAUUUCACUUUCUGAGCAAAAAACUCUGCCAGUUUUGUUGGAGAUGAAGGUUCAAAUCUGGCUUAAUGUGCCUUAAAAAGAUGAAAAACAGCACACAGCUAAAAACAAAAACCACUCAUAUUUGUAUGCAUUGUUUACAUAUAGCUUUAAUACUGUUUUCACUGUUGCCUUAAUUGAUGUAAUGAUCAUUUUGAUGGGAUAAUUGUAUGAUUCAUUGAUAAUUUAAGCAUUUUUGGUGUGCUCAUAUUGUCAAUGAAACUGUAGCAGUCGACUCUUAUAAUAAUGUUGCGAUAUUUAGUGAUAUUGGCCAACACAGUUUACAGGGCUAACUAUGUUUUUGGCGUACACCUGCUUUUGUGUUUUUGAAUUUUUGUAAGAAUUUCUGGCAGGGAAAACCUUUUUAUAUGCCUCGUGUGGAAUAUGAGCAUCUCACACGGUUUGUGUGCAACCUUGUCCAAAGCAUUUGAAGUUCCUUGAUUUUAAGAUUUAAGCUUUUAUGUAUGGUUAAUGUUAUUAUCUAGAAGUUGUUUGUUUGGUUGUUCUUUGCUUUUUUAAAAUUUGAAUAACACUGUUGUAUAUUUCAGUUUUACGGUUUGACUUAUUAAAA